GAGGGAGGACUCCUACAUAUCGCAUAGAGCCUUGGUAGGUUCUUAUGUCCAGUUCACUUAGACUCACCGGCUGUGUGACAGCACGGCACUUUGACCGGAACAUGAGAUGAUUUCAACCCAGGGGUCUACAAGUGAAAACGUUUUCAAAAACAAACCUCGGGUAUGGAGACAGACAGCGACUCCGGGGUGCUCUGCUUGCUUUCUUCAAACGUGAAAACUUUGUAGGCUAUGCUAGGAGGAGGAAUGAACCAUAAGAGUAAGAAGCGGAUUAAAGAGGCGAAACGGAGCGCCAGACCCGAACUGAAGGAUUCUUUAGACUGGACAAAACACGGCUAUCAUGAGGCUUUCGACCUGUCACACCUCACCGUAAAGGACAACGUUGAGCGUGUGGACGCCCUCCGUCUCAGUCCCGAAGAGUUCAUCCAACGCUUCGAGCGGCCCUACAAGCCCGUCGUUCUGCUGAACUGCCAGGAGAACUGGCCGGCGCGGGAAAAAUGGACUUUGGAGCGCCUCAAGCGCAAAUACCGCAACCAGAAAUUCAAGUGUGGGGAGGACAACGACGGGUACUCGGUGAAGAUGAAGAUGAAGUACUAUACGGAGUAUCUGGAGACCACCAAGGACGACAGCCCACUCUACAUCUUCGACAGCAGCUACGGCGAACACGCCAAGCGCAGGAAGCUGCUAGAGGACUACGAGGUGCCCGUCUUCUUCAGAGACGACCUGUUCCAGUUUGCAGGAGAGAAACGCAGGCCGCCGUACAGGUGGUUUGUGAUGGGCCCAGCCCGCUCCGGCACCGGCAUCCACAUCGAUCCACUGGGCACCAGUGCCUGGAACGCCCUGGUUCAAGGACACAAGCGGUGGUGUCUGUUCCCCACUAACACCCCCCGUGAGCUGAUCAAGGUGACCAGAGAGGAGGGGGGCAACCAGCAGGACGAGGCUAUCACCUGGUUCAACGCGAUUUAUCCCCGAACGCAGCAGCCCAACUGGCCUCCCGAGUUCAGACCACUGGAGAUCCUCCAAAGACCCGGGGAGACUGUUUUCGUGCCUGGCGGCUGGUGGCAUGUCGUCCUCAACCUGGACACGACAAUCGCCGUCACUCAGAACUUUGCCAGCACGACCAACUUCCCCAUCGUGUGGCACAAAACGGUCCGAGGACGACCCAAACUGUCCAGGAAGUGGUACCGCAUCCUGAAGCAGGAGCGACCUGAUCUGGCAGCUCUGGCAGACAAGGUGGACCUUCAGGAGUCGACGGGCAUCGCGUCCGACAGCUCCAGCGACUCCUCGUCAUCCUCCUCCAGCUCCUCCGACUCAGACUCUGAUGAAGGGUCGGGCUCCGACAACGACGCCAUGUCUCACCGCAGGAAGAAGAGACGCACCUGCGGGACGACGGCCAAUGGAGACACCAGCAGCCAGGACGACUGCGUCAGCAAGGAGAGGAGCUCAUCACGGUGACCUCUGUCCGCCAUCCAGCCUCCGCCCACCUCCUGUGGUGACUCCUCCGCCCACAAACACACAACCAGCUGCUUCUGGUCCAGUUUAGGUAAAUGUCCCUGACGGAGGCCAUCUGUAGAGACAAGAUGGCUGCUGCUGAGAAGCCAGUUGUGGAUUAGAGGAGGAGGAUCCACAGGGAGGGUGGGCCUGCUGGAGAUCUGCCACCACUGUGCUUUUCAACCCCAAUCAGUUUCUGUUUGUCUCUGUAGCGUGAAGACGAGGAGGGAAACCAGUAAUGGACUGCUGAGGACUCUGGGGGUGAUUCUGGGAACUCGCUGUGCCCUUUAAAAAUCGCUGAGCUGCUUUAUGAUGUGAGAAACUCCAUGAUGAUGCUGAGAGCAAACACUUUGGGCUUCUGUACUUUAACAUGCAGGUGUUUAAAGGUGAUCUGAACGUUCAAGUAACACAGGACCUCUGGUUUCACGGGUAGGAGUGUGUGUGUGUGUGUGCGCGCGGGUGCAUGCGCAUGCGUUCACACUGCUCUGUUGAUGAUAGUCCUAUUGCUGCUGCUGCUGUGAAACUGGAGGUCCAUGUUGUCUCCAGGACGUCCUCUCUGCUGCUGUCGUCUCUUUGACUUGCCGCAGUAAUUUCACUUCAGUCAGCAGUUUUAAUGAAAUGAAAUGCACACAUGUCAAAGCGUGUCAGCGUGUGUGCGGUGUGAGUGAUGGUGGUGUCCUGUGUUGUCGGGUUUGUCCGGGGUCAGUAGAGGGCGCUACAUUACCCAGAGUGCACUGCUGCAGUGGCUGAAGAGCUGGCACAUUGCACAGUGAGUUUCUCAGCAUUUAUUCAGGUUCAGCAUCGUGUUCAGUAACAGCCGAACUUUCAGAAGUGAUUUCAUGCUGCUCAGUCAUUUAGGAGGUUUAUUAUCCAUUAAUCUGCCCGUCACAUCUGAAACCUCAGUCGAUUAAUCGAUUAGUCGACCUACACAAACAUAGUUUGUCAGUUUCAGUAACUUUUGUUAAAGUGAAACUGAUCCUCCCGAUUCUUCAGUGUGACUUUCUUCAUCAUCUCUGAUAAUUAACUGAAUCUCUGUUGGUUUUAGGCUGCUGGUCAGACCAACCAACACGUGGCCUCUCAUUACUGACAUUUUAAAGAGCAGAGACGUCUGGCUGAACUUUGAUAAGAGCAGCUGGACAGAUUGACGAGUGGCUCCAAUGUGAUUCAUGUCUACAUGUUUGUGCUUGGACAGAAUGUGUGGUUUGAAAAUUAUAUUAAAAUUACCCACAUUUGGAUGAUCAAGAACGGGAACAGUCAGUUCAAUAAAAGGUGACAGUUGCAGUCGUACUGCUGUUUAUUUCCUUCAUCAUAAUGUCUCACUGUCAGGUGACGUCUUCGCGUGUUUUGUCUCGUCAGCAGUCCAGAACUCAGAGGUUCAGUUCAAACGGGGAAAAGCAGAAAAUCCAGUAAAUAAUCGUUUAUCCAAUGUGCUGCUGAUCGGUCUUCUGUGGAUCCACUACUCGUCUCAGUUCGUGCAGUUUCUCUAAAAUCAGCUGUAAAGAUGACAUCACUUCCUGUCUGUGUUCAUGUUGAUCUGUUGCUUCAGACUAAAGUGCCUCUAAAGAAGUAAUGUGUGCUGACUGUUUUUAUCUGUAGUUAACUAACUGAAAGGCACUGUGUCGCUCACAUGGUGCCUUCAUCUGUCUGGAGGUCUCCGCUAGCACACCCUCUGAACUGAUCUGGGAUCAGCUUUAGGACGGAUGUUGAUGAAGUGAUGAUGUAAUGAAUUUCAUUUUGUUGCUCAAUAAAAUCUUUUCUAUGACUCAGAA